AUGAACACCAACGACGACGUCGACGCAAAGGACAUCAAGCACUACAUGUUCAAGACCUGCAAGACCUUUCUUGACGACCACAACGCGCGCGCGGACGUCACCAACCCAUUUCCAGAAUUAGGACUUCGAUUCCUACUCAUCCACGACGGUGGUGUACUACUGCUCACGUACGGGAAAGAAUGGAAAGUUCCAAGAUUCGUCGUGGGAGAUGUCCUGGCAGCAGAUACCAUCGGUGCUGUCUGCUGGCGGACCCUGUGCAACCAAAACUAUGACCAUUUUGGCGCGCGAAUCAUUGAGCCCGCAUUCGACCAACCUUUGCUGGAGCCUGAUGACAAGAUCCCACGAGUAUUGUUCUUGUCUAUCAUGGUCACUUUAAGCUCGUGGCCAAAUUGGCGAUAUCUGAAGGAUUUUCGGGUGAUGCCGCUCGAGAAGUUGGCUGGGAAGAACAAUCCGGCGCUUGCGGAGUACAAGGACAAGGCCAUUGAGCGUCUGGAGCAUCAUUCCAGUAACGACCUCGUCCUUCGCUUCCCAAAAUGGAAGAACUUUUUGCGUAUGCGGAUGUGCUUCAUGAUGAUGUCUCUCGAACACUGGAAGUUCAAAAAGAGCGCUCGAGAGUUCUAUGUGGGAAUCAUGCAAAAGGAAGACAAGGCAGACGAUACAGGUUUCUACAUGUUUGAGACUUCGGAGGAGGUGCUGCUGAAGAUGUGCACGGAUGCCGAUCUCCCUGUCUAUGAGACCGAUGAGCGAUAUUCACUCAGAGGAGUCAGUUUCAAGAAAAGCCCGGAGACUGAAGCGGAGACGCAUCUUUGUUGUCGGCCUCGAGACAAGCCCGAACUCAGCUUUGAUGUGGACGGAUGCCUGAAUGUCACGUGGUUGUCUAGCGAGGACGCUGAGAGACUUGGGGCCUUGGUGUUGGGAGGAGGUUUUGUGAGCGUCAUCUGA